UUAAGGUUUGAACUUUAAAAAUCUUGUGAAUGUGAUGCUGACACUCGAAUGAUGCCAUGCUUGUUCCAUCUUUGAAUUGGAUUAAACUAUACCCCGAAUUCCUCACAUUCAUAUGCAAAACCCAUUUUCCUUCUUUCACUUCACUCACUUAGCUUCUUCUUCAAGCCAACUCCAUGCCAAUUCCAUUCACUUUGACUUUUAAGCCCUCGAAUUCCGCUCCAUCUCCAUUAUUCUACUUCACCACCUCUUCCCUCCCACAUGGAACCACCCUCUUAAUUGCAUUUCCAUUUCAUUUUCCCUUUGCGUGUUUUUCAAAAAGUUUGAACCUUUAUGCAGUGAUUUCCCCCUUUCCUCUACUGGGUAGGCUCGGUUUUUCCAUCCCCUGGUGGUUUUCUCACUUAAUCUCCAUGUGGGCGUUCGCCAUUUAGUCCAAGUUUGGAUCUUUGUGGAUGAUCACGAGAUAGUUAUCCAGUGCGUAAGUUAAGGAUAUGUCAUCUGAUUUUAAGUUAGACAUUUUUUCGCAGCAUGACCCUGAAGAACCAGGGUUAGGCACCAUCGUAACAUCAAAAAUGUUAAUAGAUGAAAAAGUUAAUGCAGUGCACACCGUUCGUGAGCAAGGAAAGUUGUCAACCAACAACUUUGCCACAAACGCCGAGCGCAGAGCUUUGAAUGAUAGAUUUCUGAAAGCAAACAAGGCUACAAUUGGUGAUAGUGUCAGUCUUCUUGAUGAGGUGGAAAGGCGUCGUUUGCAUGGAUCAUCUAAGAAGUCUGGACCUCUUAUCUCUGGAGCAGCUUACUGCAUUUCUUCAUGCUCUAUGAUAAUGUUGAACAAAAUUGUUUUAUCAGGUUAUAAUUUCAGUGCAGGAAUAUCAUUGAUGUUUUAUCAAAACUUUAUCACUUCUCUGGUUGUUGUUCUGUUGUCUCUUUCUGGUAGAAUUUCAGUUGAAAAGCUCAGCUGGAGGCUGAUCAGGGUCUGGAUCCCUGUGAAUGUGAUAUUUAUUGGCAUGCUUGUCUCGGGCAUGUAUAGUUUGAAAUACAUUAAUGUUGCCAUGGUAACAAUACUCAAGAACGUGACAAAUAUCUUAACAGCACUUGGAGAAUUGUAUUUAUUUCGUAAACGACAGAAUUCCAAAGUGUGGACUGCAAUGUUUGUGAUGAUUAUCUCUGCUGUCAGUGGUGGUAUUACAGAUCUCUCCUUUGAUGCGGUUGGUUAUGCCUGGCAGAUUAUCAAUUGUAUUCUUACUGCAAGCUAUUCACUUACCCUUAGAUGGGUAAUGGAUGAAGCAAAAAAGUCAACAAAAUCUGGAUCUCUUAAUGAAGUUUCAAUGGUGCUGCUGAACAAUUUAUUGUCUUUACCUUUUGCCAUCAUCAUGAUUUUCCUUUUUGGCGAGUGGCAUUAUGUAAUACAUGCCGACGUACUUAAACUGCCAAUGUUUUGGGUGGUUGCUACAGCUAGUGGAUUUCUUGGACUUUCCAUCAGCUUUACCUCAAUGUGGUUCUUACAUCAAACUGGCCCUACAACAUAUAGUCUUGUAGGUUCCUUAAACAAGAUUCCAAUCUCUAUUGCUGGCAUUCUAGUGUUCAAAGUUCCUCUCAGUGUAUCAAAUUUAUUCAGCAUUUUAUUUGGUCUUUUUGCUGGUGUACUCUUUGCAAGAGCCAAGAUGUCGUGAUGAAGUGUGAAAAUUAAUACAUUUAUGAUAAUUAUAUAGGUUUUUGAUAAGACUUGCAAAUUCAACAUUUAAUAAAUAUAGCCCUCAAACAUGUAAUAAUUAUCUGAUACACCUACAAGGAAAGUAUCAAUUAUCAAGUUUUCCUGGCAUAGAAAUCAUGAGCAGGCAAGGCUGUUACAAGUUAUGUUAUUUAUUUUUGUAGUUAAAUUCGAAUUAUACACAGGAACUAUAGCAGUUAUAUGUUAUUUAUUUUUGUAGUUAUAUUCGAAUUAAUCCCUGGAACUACAAUACCGAAUGAAAGACUUGAAUUAUUUUGGCACUUGUUUAUUUCAGUAAAUGAAUUUGUAA